CUGUCACAGAGAAGGCUGCAGGGUUGGUUACAGGAGAGAUCAUUUUAAUUGCUCUCUUUCUCUCUCUCAUUCCCUGCAUCAGCAGCACCCAGACAGCAUCCUGGGACUUGCUUACGCUCAUAGGAUUUGGUCACAUGAGUGUGAAUUUUCUCUUCUCUUCAUUAGUCAGCCAUUUUGGUCAACACCCUGCUUACUGCGCACAACCAAUCCUACAAGAUCUCAAGUGCCUGGCUUGGGUAGAACCCUGACUGCCUUUUACUUGGAAAUCCUUGUCACCUCGAUUGAUUCCUUUGUUUCUUUGAUUCUCCCGUCUCAUUUAACUAGACAUUAGUGUGUAUCUGCUUUCAUCCCUUUUGCCUCAAAUCAGGAGAGACUUUGUGGAUUGGAGUGUGCCCAUCAGAAGGAGGCUUUGACGCAUGCUUAUUGGCAGUGAUAAUAUUGUGGUGGUACAGCAGGGGGGCAGAAGAGGCAGAAGCAAACUGAAAGGAAUUCACAGGAGACAGAUCACCACCUCUCCUGUCUUGUAAAAAAUAUCUUACAAUAGGAUUUCAAAGAUCUUAUUCUUUUAGUACUCUUAUUUAUUUACACAAUUUAGUUUACUUUUCUGGUUUCCUGUUGAGUCCUACUGGCUUGCUGUUUAUUACAGUUAUACUAGUGGUUAUCACUCCAGCUGACCCAUCAUGUCGGCUCUCACGCCACCAGGCGACAUGCCGACCCCUACUACAGACAAGAUAACACAGGCUGCUAUGGAGACCAUCUACCUGUGCAAGUUCCGCGUCUCUAUGGAUGGGGAAUGGCUUUGCCUGCGCGAACUUGAUGACAUCUCACUCACGCCAGAUCCUGAACCCAAUCCUGAAGACUCUUGGGAGGAUUUGACAGAGUUGAUGGAGCAAAUGUGUGAUGAUACAGAAGAUCCCAAUUAUCUCAUGGCCAACGAACGGAUGAAUCUAAUGAACAUGGCAAAGUUGAGUAUAAAGGGCUUAAUUGAAUCUGCUCUUAAUUUGGGCAGAACUCUGGACUCCGACUACGCACCUUUGCAGCAAUUUUUUGUGGUGAUGGAGCACUGCUUGAAACAUGGGCUGAAAGCUAAGAAGACCUUCCUGGGCCAGAAUAAAUCUUUUUGGGGACCUCUGGAGUUUGUAGAAAAGCUUGUUCCAGAAGCAGCAGAAAUCACAGCAAGUGUAAAAGACCUUCCAGGGCUCAGAACACCUGUAGGAAGAGGUCGGGCCUGGCUUCGUCUAGCACUAAUGCAGAAGAAACUUUCAGAAUACAUGAAAGCUCUUAUUAACAGAAAGGAUCUCCUCAGUGAAUUUUAUGAACCCAACGCACUAAUGAUGGAAGAAGAAGGUGCUAUAAUUUCUGGACUUCUCGUUGGGCUCAAUGUGAUUGAUGCUAAUUUCUGUAUGAAAGGGGAAGACCUAGAUUCACAGGUUGGAGUUAUCGAUUUUUCAAUGUAUCUAAAAGAGGGCACAAUAGCCAAAUGCAGUGAAGGAGAUGGGCAAAUAACUGCCAUUCUUGACCAGAAGAACUAUGUUGAAGAACUCAACAGACAGCUAAGUGCCACAGUUAAUAAUUUGCAAGUAAAAGUUGAUGCAAUGGAGAAGUCAAACACCAAACUUACCGAAGAGCUUGCAGUUGCAAACAACAGAAUCAUAACUAUGCAAGAGGAAAUGGAAAGAAUUAAAGAGGAAACUUCAUAUUACUCUGAGGCAAGCAAAAAGGUAAAUAAACAAGAUCGGACUGCAGAUGGACAAGCACUCAGUGAGGCGAAAAAACAUUUAAAAGAGGAGACUCAGUUACGAUUGGAUGUAGAAAAAGAACUUGAAGUGCAGAUAGGAAUGAGGCAGGAGAUGGAGCUGGCAAUGAAAAUGCUGGAUAAAGAUGUUUGUGAAAAGCAAGAUACACUAGCAGCUCUCAGACAGCAGCUUGAUGAUCUCCGGGCCUUAAAGCAUGAAUUGUCAUUUAAACUGCAGGGUUCAGACCUUGCAUUAAAGCAGAAGAGUGAAUUAAACAGUCGUUUGGAGGAAAAGACCAAUCAGAUGGCUGCUACUGUAAAACAACUGGAACAGAGAUUGCGUGCGUCAGAAAGAGAUCGCCAGUCAGCAGAGGAAGCCAACAAGCUCUUCAAGCAAGAGUUCGGAGACAAGAUCGAGAGUCUGCAGCUGGAAGUCGAUCAGCUCAGAAAGCAGCGUUCUCAGUAUGAAGCAGAACUGAAAAAAGACAGAAAUAGACACUUUUCUGGUAAUCAUAAAGGAUCCCCUGAAAUGAAAACAUCACCUAUGGGAGGGCUUCUACAAAGAAACGGGAAAAAAAUGGAUAUACAUCAGUACAGAGAAGUGGAUGGUUCUGAAAGAGCGCAGAGUGCUGUGUAUGAGAAGAAUGAAUCCCAGAUGAGCAAUUCAUUAUCAUCUUCAUCAUCUGUUAUAUCGGAGAGUGAGGAUCCUGUUCUAGAAACCAGUAAUUCUCAGGUGUGCCAACUGUGCCAAUCAGAAUCCAGCAACUUGCUUUUAAAGAAUGUAUGCAAAAACUGUGGAGGAAUAUUUUGCCCAUCAUGUUCAGCAAACGAACUGCCUCUACCUUCAUCUAUUAAUCCUGAGCGAGUAUGUAAUCCGUGUCAUGGGAAAUUGAUAGAGCAGUACUCCUACAGCACAUCCUAAGGAAAAAGCUCAGCCAGGAUUUGGAGGUAGUAGCUUGACAUGCUGCACUGCAGUUACUAUGCUGCUUGGCAAUCACCUAAAAAGACUACUUCCCAGUGUGGCAUGGCCUUUUCAGAGACCAAUCAAAUAGGGAGAAGCUGCAUGCUGAAAACUCUAUAACCCUAAGGAGGAGGACUACCUUUUAUAUGAAUUUUUGAAACAGUUACAACAUUAUUAAAGGUCAGUUCAGAUAGUAAAGGAGCUUAGAACCUUGAAUCCCAACAGUUGCAGAGUACCGUUUCCAAACCUUACAUAUACAAAACUCUAUAAUCUGUAAGUCUAUGAGAAUUCCUUGUGUUUGAAAGCUGCUGCAAGAAUAUCUUCAUUUUGUGGAAAGCACCAGAUGUUGUUAUGGAUACAGUAUGAAUCAGAUCCCUACCACCUUGCUGUUGUCAAACUGCUCCCAAUUCCUUCAUUUUUGUUGUGGACUCUCAUUAUAACUGGAAAUAAAAUAGGGUCUUGUCAUGAAGAGAGCCUUCAGAGAGAAACUGGAAAGAAGAGAUGUCAUACGUUUGUAUAAUAGAAAUGCAGUAUGGGCCAUCCAUGUACAGCCCAGUGUGAAAACCUCCUAUGUCCAUUUUUAGCCCUGCCAAAACUAUACUACUAGGAAUAUAUUUGCAUAAAUCCAACAGAAAUGAACUAGCUUUGGAUGUGAAACUAGAUUGCAAUUGUCCUAUCCAUAUACAUGUUAGUAACUACAAUAUCUGACUCUCUAAGGUAAAUACCGUAUAUACUCGUGUAUAAGCCGACCCGUGUAUAAGCCGAGGUACCUAAUUUACCUAAGAAAACUGGAAAAAUGUAUUGACUCGUGUAUAAGCCUAGGGGCCCCAUGUCAGAUUUCAAAAUGUGAAUAUCGAGACAUAAAAGUCAGCUCAUUUUUACAUUUAAAAGAAAUGAUUUAACAGAUAAAAUCAUAUUGAGAAGUUUGUAGACAAUUUUGAGAAAAAGGAGUAACAAAAACUAUGGAACAGAAAACUAUGGAAUCAGAGGCUGCACACUAC